UCUAAUACUCACUCCAACUGGUUCUUCCCAGCCUCUUACAUUCACAAACAGGGAGGCAGGGUAUCUUAGGAAGAAUGGUCAGACCUCAAUAGCUAAUGUUACUAAUGGGGUCUAUACUUGUCAGUAUACUAAUUCAACUGGUGGUGUCUCUUAUGCUUCGUUUGCUGUGUUUCCAAGGACCAGAGAGCCUUCUUCUGGCUCUAGUAAUACUACUUCUCUUGAAGUUCAGUCAGUUGAAUACAGCACUAAUAAUGAUUCAAUCAUAGUUACUUGUAUAACCACAGGAUGGCCAGCAACUCAAGUAGUCUGGAAACAGAACAAUGUCCAGCUAUCCUCUGGCAGUGGAUUCACAAUGAACCAAAGAGUAUUGGACAGGGAGCAGUGUACAUACAAGAACGAUCUCAUUGUUGAGAAUUCCGUGAAUCGUCUUGGCACGUAUAGAUGUGAAGUUAAAUCAUUGCAUCAUAGCAAUGUUACCAUAGAUACCACAGUUGGAUCCGUGACUAUACUAACAGCGGGUAACAUACGAGUUGCCAUGACGACCUUGGGAUCGCAAGAAGUUGGUGAAUCCUUCACUCUAAACUGCUCUGUUAAUAAGAUUAAUAAUGUCUCAUUGGGUAUACGAUGGAUGAAAAAUAAUGUGACUAUAGUCUCUGAUAUUAGUAAAGGAGUGAUGCUUGGUGGUAUUGAAGAGGACUCUGAUUCUGUUAGUAGGUUACUUACUUUGAGUCCCAUCAGACUAUCACACUCUGGCCAGUACUCGUGUAAUGCUAUCAAUGGAAGUGCUGUUGAUGGUAGAGCCACUAUUAGAGUUGAUAUUGAUGCUCCCAACUUGUCAUUCUCAUUAGACCCCAGUCCUGAUCUGUCCCUAACGUUAGGAGAGGAGUACACAUUAAUGUGCUCAGCACUACUACCAGACUCACUGAGUCCAACUGUUGCAUCAAUAAUCUGGUACAAGGACUUAUCUCCGUUCACUGGUAGUGGUGUCACAACUAAUCUAGCUGAGGGCACUUCUAAUCUUAAUCUUGGUAUGGCCCUCUCUGAAAAGGCUGGUAAUUAUACCUGUGUGGCUAAUGUGUCAUCUCCAUUAAUUGAUACUGGGUAUAAUCUCAUUUUGUCUAAUACAACAUUAAUUACUGUGUCAAUGCCUGAACCUAAUUCUGUUGUGUUGGCUCUUAACUAUCUAUCUCCACCAUAUUAUGCCGGCCUCAGACGUGAUCUCCAGUGUUCAAUUGAUUCAUUAUACAUACACAAUGAUCCUACAGUCACAGUCAGCAUUGAUAUACUAUUCAAUGGCACAAUAAUUCCUUCUGGACUUUCUUCUAAUGGGAGGAAAAACCUACAACAAUUAUCAAGUAAUCCUAGUGCAGGGCAGUAUCGAAAGACUUUACAAUUUCAAUAUUUUGUGUCUUCUGUGGACUCUGGUAUAUACACUUGCAUGGUCAAUGUGUCGUCUAAUUAUUUAUCAAGUUAUAUUGUCAAUGCUUCUAUUAGCAGGACCAAUGAAUAUAAUAUUGUUGCUCCCAAACUGGCAGUAGUAUUAAACUCCACAAGAUAUCAUCUUCCUAAUCAUCCUUCAUACAACACAGCUACACUAAUGUGUACUGCCACCUUACAACUGAUAACCUUUGACUUUCUAGUAUUCCCUAAAGAAUUUACAUGGUCUGGCCCUUCAGUAUCAAGUGCUACUCCAGCUACUAAUCCAACUGGUGCUGUUAGUGAGAGCUCCCUACAGCAGACUUAUACUACAGCUGGUAGCUAUAAUUAUUCGUGUACUGCAUCAGUGAGUGUACCUAAUGAUCCUACUGCUAGUACUACUGAUGCUAUUAGUGUUAUUGUGACUGCUCCAUCACCCCCUCUUUCUCCAGUAAACACAACUGCUGUUAACAUUCGUUGUAAUUCAGCUACUAUCAGGUGGAUAGUUCCUAGUAUAGCAUACACUCCUGAAGAAUAUGUUGUACUUUAUGGAACUAAUUUAACUAAUAUGAAUAACCUUAGCUCUGUCGUAAAUGGAUCAACUAAUUUCAGUGUCACUGAUUCCUUAUUAGCAGUUGAUCUAUUUGAUUUGAUUUAUGAUACAAUAUAUUAUUUCAGUGUUAGGUCUGCUAAUACUGAGGGGUCUACUGAAAGUGGUGCUAAUGGCUUCAGGACAAGAGAAAGACCUCCUACAGCUCCUCCUGGUAACUUCACAAUAAACACUAACAGUGUCUCGAGGUCACUCUCAUUCUCCUGGGAUCCUCCUCCUGAACACAGGAAUGGAAUCAUAUUUUAUUAUAAUCUUACUUGUUACGAAACUGUGGGCAGAGUCGUUUAUUUAAUAACUUCACCCAGUUUUCCUCGUAUUGUUAACGAGAGUGAUUCAGUUCAGUUUGUUUUGUUUGGGUUCCGUCCUGGUACUCUUAUUAAUUGUAGUCUCACCUCAUCUAAUAAUGCUGGUAUUGGGCCUUAUGCUGCCAGUGCUUACAUUUAUACUGUUCAAGAAGCUCCCGGUGGACCUCCUCUCAAUUUCCAGAUAUAUAAAAUCACUUCUAAUGAUUUCAUGCUCUCCUGGCAACCACCAAACCUUCUCCUUCAAUUUGGGACCAUCAUUCACUAUACACUGUCAUGCAUGGAGCUAGAAAGGGGAGUAGUGCCAUCUUUAUUUCCUAUUACUUAUGCUCCAGAUCAAACUAAUGCCACUGUUAGUGGAUUGAGACCAUUCACAGCUUAUAACUGUAGCUUAACUGCUAGUACUGUAGUAGGACCUGGCCCACCUGCCAUUGAUACACCAAUGACUGACCCUAGUGUUCCUGGUGGUUCCCCUCAAUCAUUAACACUCACUCUAAUAAACAUCACCACACUGACCAUCUCAUGGCUACCAGUACCUAAACUGCUGCAGAAUGGCAUCAUUACUAACUACACAGUCAGUUGUAAUCUAAGCACACCACAUGUGCAACUGGUACCUGUUGAUCAUAUAUUAGAGAUGACACAAUCACGUUACAAGUAUAAUAUAAGUGGUCUUAGGCCAGGGUUUGUCUAUAGCUGCUACGUGUUUGCUAAUACUUCUAAGGGUAAUGGACCUAGUGCUGUUGGUGUAGUAAGAACUCCUGGAGGUGUUAAUGUUCAAACUUUCUCUGUAACAAAGCUCAAUUCUACAGCAGUGAGGGCUGAGUGGGGUUCAGUUCCUGGAGCUAGUCAUUAUACAGUCUAUUAUGAGUCAACCAGUAGAAAAAAGAGACAAGUAGACACAGGAAUGAAGCUAUUCCCAGGUGAUACUACUAAAGGUUUAAUAGGAGGAUUAGAUCCUAAUCUGAACUACUUGUUCUCUAUAUCUACAUCAUUUAGUAUUAAUGGAUUCAUUUAUGAAGGGGAGAGGACUCAACCAAUACCACCAGGUACUGCAGCAUCAUCAUCAACAGUUCCUUACUCUACUGAGAGUAGUCCUGUGCCAACUAUAAUAGUGGAUAACGGAGGAAACAUUGGAUUGAUAGUUGGUGUGAUAGUAUUAAUAUUACUAUUAGCUGUAUCUAUAAUUAUUAUAUUAAUACUGCUUAUGUAUAUGAAAAGAAUCAAUAGUAAUCAAAAGAGAAAAUUAGUGAAUGACGUAGUAAUCGAGUGUAGCCCAGCUUAUGCUACAGUAGAAUUAAAAAAUACUGCUGAUAAUAUACUAAUGAAAGAUAGCCCAGCCUACAGUACAGUGCAACAAACUCAAUCAACCGUUGAGCCAGUGUAUGAUACAACUGCUGAUGGAUACGAGACCCCUCUUCCACCACCUGCUGAAUAUGAAAUACCAACUACAACUGUUUUCUAACUUGUAUAAACAUGUAAAUCUAUUUGUAUGAAAUGUGCGUGUUUGUGUGUAGAUUUGGUAUACCCUCCUUUUCUUUAUUAUUCUGACAAAAAUUUUAAAUCUCCCCUUUUGACAUUUGGA